UCUUGUCCCUUGUGCCUAUAACAUAGGUUCUCGUACGUGACUGUUUACAUCAUCUUAGAAUCUUUUGAUGUCCAUCAUAUAAGAUAGAGGCUAACAAACAUUACAUCAGUGGUCACCAUAUCACAUGUGCCUCCCAGUGUCUAUGUGACUCCCAAAACGAAUGAAUAUUUUUGUAAUAAAAAAUAACAUAGCUGGAAUAUUGCAAAAUGGCGACAUGUCACAAAGGUUUGGUAUUCCUACCUGAAAUCCAGAGACAUAUUCCGCAAGGACCAGACUUAACUGUUUUUUUAACAUGAAUGUCCCCAGGAAUCAUUUAUCAUUGUCUGCUGAUGCCCACAGGAAUUAUUAUUUCCAAUGGUCACACCUGGAAACAGCAGCGGCACAUUGGCAUCAUUUCUCUGCGGAAGCUGGGCCUGGGGAAAAAAAGCAUUGAGCACAGAAUAGAAGAAGUUGCUCAGACAUUGGUAGAGGUCUUCAGACAAACAAAAGGACAGCCAUUUGACCCCUCAUUUCCAGUGAUAAAUGCAGUUUCUAAUGUCAUAUGUGCUUUGAGUUUUGGACAUCAGUUUGCUCCUGAAGACGAAAACUUCCAGAAGUUAAUUCAAGCCCUUGAAACUGUUGUGAAAUAUACUGGUGGCUUUUUUCAAGCGAUGAACAUGGUGUUCCCACAAUUAAUGAAGUAUGUCCCGGGCCCUCACAAGGAUGGGUUGGCUUCUGUGGAGGUGAUCAUUUCCUUUGCAAAGCAGGAAAUAGAGAAACACAAGGAAUCCAGCUCUCUGCAUGAACCACAAGAUUUCAUUGAUCACUAUCUACUUCAGAUGGAGAAGAGUAGAAAUGACCCCAACUCUAUCUACAAUGAAGAGAACCUGGCUCAGUGUAUUUUUGACUUUUUCGGUGCUGGAACAGAGACAAGCUUGAUUACUCUGAAGUGGGCACUGCUCCUCUUGACCAAUCAUCCUGACAUCCAAGAGAAAGUCCAGAAAGAGAUUGAAGAUGUGUUUGGCUUCUCACGGUCAAUUUCCUAUCAGGAUCGGAAGAAGCUGCCCUACACCAAUGCUGUGAUUCAUGAAAUGCAGCGUGUAAAAUAUGUCUUUGUAGCUGGGGCUCCCAGGCAAAGUACAAAGGAUGUGAAGAUGAGGGGUUACCACAUUCCAAAGGGGACCAUGAUUUUGCCAGACCUGCGCUCUGUUCUUCUUGACCCAGAACAAUGGGAGACACCUGAAGAAUUCAACCCAAAUCACUUUUUAGAUAAGGAUGGGAAGUUCAUUGAACGGGAAGAGUUUCUGCCAUUCGGAAUAGGUGAACGCGUAUGCAUGGGAGAGCUGCUGGCAAGAAUUGAGAUCUUCAUCUUUCUGACCAGCCUGUUGAAGGCCUUCAGCUUCCGGUUGCCUGCAGGAGUGAAAGUACUCAAUGAAGCCCCUGUUGUAAAAGCGACAAUGAAUCCACACCCUUACAAACUGUGUGCUAUUCCCACAAAGGCUUAAACGUAAACACUAUAAAAAGGAUAAAAUGAUUAUAGAGUAGCUAUUCAGUAUGAUAAAUGUUUCUUAUUCACUUAAUAUUGCAUUUUCUUCUAUUUGCUCAAUACUGAAACUUCUUCAACCUAUCGUUGGGUUCAUACAACAUACCCAACUAGGUCAACCAAAGACUAGGAAUAUGUGGGUGAAAAAUGGGCUAACUAAGCUUACUACGUCCCAAAGGUUCUUUCUUCCAAAAAGCAACUGCACUUUCUUCAUUAGCUUAAAAGCAGUCCUCAGAGAGCUAAUGUUUAGAUGAUUGCAAAGAAUAUAAAUCUUUCCAUUCCCCACCAGUCAAUCAGAACUGAAGAAGCUUCUUGAAUGAAAAGUGAAAGGUUUUCAAAUAAAAAAAAAACUCAAGAAAGUCCAGUUGCCUUUUAGAAUAAAGCACCUCUGAAAUAACCAUGAUCUGGAUAAUUGAGAAACUCCAUGGACAUUAAGCUUGUUAUUAACCUUUGUUUCUUUCUGGAUGCCAAUAAAACAUAUUGCUGUGGGCUUCAUUUUCUCCAGCCAGACCAAACUUCACAGAUAGUCCAAAAUGAUAUCCUGCUUGAAGGGAUGAAUUGCUGCUAACAGAAUUAACAGAAGAUGAAGAAAGUUGUGCCUCCUAUCCACAUCCCAGGGCAGAACAUCCGCAAGAGUAACCAGUUCAUUUUUCAUCUCAUACUUAGGCCUGAAUGUAGAUUGGAUCAUCUAGAGCCCUCUCUGGUUACAGUCUAAUUACUUUCCAUAUAACGUUCCCUAAAGAAUUUUUUUUUUUUGCCAGUAUUGCUCCAGUUGUCUUUUCUGGCAAUUCCUUUCCCAGAAUCCUUUGAUUAUUCAAAAUCUUCCUCUAAAUCAGUGCAAAGA